AAAUGAGUGAGCGAUGUGUGCUGCUUAAAACCAUUACAUUCGGUACUCUUUAAGCGGCAGAUGUUUCCACCGCCUUCCUCCUCCUACGCAUUUCCACCCAACGCACAGCAUUAGGGUUAGGGUUACGUUUUCACCUGAGGAACAGAUAUCCAGCUCAUCGCAGAGCUCAGAGAGAUUGAGAAAAUGAGCGUGUGGAAUUAUGUUGUUACGGCUCACAAGCCCACCAAUGUUACGCACUCCUGCGUCGGCAAUUUCACUGGCCCUCAGGAGCUCAACCUCAUCAUUGCGAAAUGCACCCGUAUUGAGAUUCAUUUGCUUACACCUCAGGGUUUACAGCCUAUGUUGGAUGUGCCAAUAUAUGGGAGAAUAGCAACACUUGAGCUUUUUCGCCCCCAUGGCGAAGCACAAGAUUUUCUAUUCAUCGCAACUGAAAGAUACAAGUUUUGUGUUCUUCAAUGGGAUGCAGAGAAUUCUGAGGUUAUCACAAGAGCGAUGGGAGAUGUCUCAGAUCGUAUAGGUCGUCCUACAGACAAUGGACAGAUUGGAAUUAUUGAUCCUGAUUGCAGAUUAAUUGGACUUCAUUUAUACGAUGGAUUAUUUAAGGUGAUUCCGUUUGAUAAUAAAGGACAGCUGAAGGAGGCGUUUAAUAUUAGGCUUGAGGAGCUUCAAGUUUUGGAUAUCAAGUUUCUUUAUGGAUGUUCAAAACCAACUAUUGUUGUUCUCUACCAGGAUAACAAAGAUGCACGUCAUGUUAAAACAUAUGAGGUGGCUUUGAAGGAUAAGGAUUUUGUUGAGGGUCCUUGGGCUCAGAACAAUCUAGACAAUGGGGCUGAUUUGCUAAUACCAGUACCCCCACCUCUUUGUGGUGUCCUCAUUAUUGGAGAAGAAACAAUUGUAUAUUGCAGUGCCAGUUUAUUCAAAGCAAUCCCAAUCCGACCUUCAAUUACAAAGGCCUAUGGGAGGGUUGAUGCUGAUGGUUCUAGAUACUUACUUGGGGAUCAUGCGGGGCUUCUUCACCUACUUGUUAUAACCCAUGAGAAAGAAAAGGUUACUGGACUCAAAAUUGAGCUGUUAGGGGAAACUUCUAUUGCAUCAACAAUUUCAUAUCUUGACAAUGCAUUUGUCUAUGUCGGCUCAAGCUAUGGAGAUUCACAGCUCAUAAAGAUACAUCUACAACCUGAUGCCAAAGGUUCAUAUGUGGAGGUUUUAGAGAGGUAUGUCAAUCUGGGUCCAAUUGUUGACUUCUGUGUGGUAGACCUGGAGAGGCAAGGCCAAGGUCAGGUUGUAACUUGCUCAGGGGCUUAUAAAGAUGGUUCUCUUCGCAUUGUUCGAAAUGGAAUAGGAAUCAAUGAACAGGCAUCAGUGGAACUUCAAGGCAUCAAAGGAAUGUGGUCAUUGAGAUCUUCUACUGAUGAUCCACAUGACACCUUCUUGGUUGUAAGCUUUAUCAGUGAGACACGAAUAUUGGCGAUGAAUCUUGAAGAUGAGUUGGAAGAAACUGAGAUAGAGGGUUUCUGUUCUCAAGUGCAGACUUUGUUCUGCCAUGAUGCUGUUUAUGAUCAACUAGUACAAGUCACUUCAAGCUCAGUAAGACUGGUCGGCUCUACAUCUAGAGAGCUGCGAAAUGAAUGGAAUGCUCCAUCAGGGUAUUCAGUUAAUGUUGCUACUGCUAAUGCCACCCAGGUUUUACUGGCCACUGGGGGUGGCCAUCUAGUUUACCUGGAAAUUGGUGAUGGGACAUUGACUGAAGUGAAACAUGCUCAGUUAGAGUAUGACAUCUCAUGCCUUGACAUAAAUCCCAUCGGUGAAAAUCCCAACUUUAGUCAGUUAGCUGCUGUUGGAAUGUGGACAGAUAUUAGUGUUAGGAUAUUUUCACUUCCUGACCUGAAUCUCAUCACAAAAGAGUAUUUGGGUGGAGAGAUAAUACCUCGGUCCGUACUUUUGUGUUCCUUUGAAGGGAUACCUUACUUGUUGUGUGCACUGGGAGACGGUCAUUUGUUGAACUUUUUACUGAACAUGAGUACUGGUGAGUUAACAGAUAGGAAAAAGGUGUCUCUUGGGACACAACCUAUCACUCUUCGAACUUUCUCAUCCAAGAAUACUACACAUGUAUUUGCUGCAUCGGAUAGGCCUACAGUGAUUUAUAGCAGUAACAAGAAGCUACUUUACAGCAAUGUUAAUUUGAAAGAAGUCAGCCACAUGUGCCCUUUCAAUUCUGCUGCUUUUCCAGAUAGCCUUGCAAUUGCCAAAGAAGGUGAUCUUACGAUCGGUACCAUUGAUGAUAUCCAGAAGCUUCACAUCCGCUCUAUCCCACUUGGGGAGCAUGCUCGCCGCAUCUGCCAUCAGGAGCAGUCUCGGACCUUUGCCAUUUGUAGUUUGAAGUAUAACCAAUCUAGUACAGAAGAUUCUGAAAUGCACUUUAUCCGUUUGUUAGACGACCAAACCUUUGAGUUCAUAUCUACUUAUCCACUUGACACGUUUGAGUAUGGUUGCUCUAUCCUUAGCUGCUCCUUCUCUGAUGAUAGUAAUGUAUAUUAUUGCGUUGGGACCGCAUAUGUUUUACCAGAGGAAAAUGAGCCAACCAAGGGCCGAAUACUGGUCUUCAUAGUUGAGGAUGGGAAGUUACAGCUAAUUGCUGAGAAGGAAACCAAGGGGGCUGUUUAUUCUUUGAAUGCCUUCAAUGGUAAACUACUUGCUGCUAUCAAUCAAAAAAUUCAGUUGUACAAGUGGAUGCUCCGGGAUGAUGGUACCCGUGAAUUGCAGUCUGAAUCUGGACACCAUGGACACAUUCUUGCCCUCUAUGUACAAACACGGGGAGAUUUCAUUGUUGUUGGUGAUCUGAUGAAAUCAAUCUCUUUGUUAAUUUAUAAGCAUGAGGAAGGUGCCAUUGAAGAGCGAGCCCGUGACUACAAUGCAAAUUGGAUGUCAGCUGUCGAGAUUCUUGAUGAUGACAUUUACCUUGGUGCUGAGAAUAACUUCAACAUCUUCACAGUGCGAAAGAACAGUGAAGGUGCUACUGAUGAGGAGCGGGGUCGUCUUGAAGUUGUUGGUGAGUAUCAUCUCGGAGAAUUUGUCAACCGGUUCAGGCAUGGUUCCCUUGUCAUGCGCUUGCCAGAUUCUGAUGUGGGUCAGAUACCAACUGUAAUUUUUGGCACUGUUAAUGGCGUAAUUGGGGUCAUAGCAUCACUUCCACACGAUCAGUAUGUCUUCUUGGAGAAGCUUCAGGCAAACUUGAGGAAGGUGAUAAAGGGUGUAGGAGGGUUGAGCCAUGAGCAGUGGAGGUCAUUCAACAAUGAGAAGAAAACUGUAGAUGCUAAAAAUUUCUUGGAUGGAGAUCUGAUCGAGACAUUCCUUGAUCUUAAUCGUACUCGAAUGGAUGAAAUUUCGAAGGCAAUGGGCGUUUCAGUGGAGGAACUUUGCAAGAGAGUAGAAGAGUUGACGAGGUUGCAUUGAGACUCGGGGCUUGGUUGAAGUACAAUGUUUUCACUUCUCCUCAUUCUGUAACAUCUUUAUAGAUUGUUUUGUUUUUUGGUGUUUUUUAUAUUAAUUUUUUAAUUUUUUGCUAAUUUUCCUUGUGGUAUGAAAUGUAAUCAGGUAGGGAAUGGUUUGCCCCGUGGGGAGAGAGUAGAAAACUCAUAAAUGCAUGUGUAUCAUAUCCCGUCAUUGCAAGUUGCUAGCUCUUGCUGGCUGGCCCUAUUCAAACACCAAGUGAUGUGUGGGGUUUCCUUUUCCAAUCGUUUCGGUUUCUGGUUAGGGUAUUACUUGCUUCUUUCAAAUGGAUGUACGGGGUUCUUGAAUUUGAGAACUGAGAUCAUGAAUCUCCCCUCUCCUCUCCCCAGAAGAAAAAGGAAGAGCUAAUCAAGUAAAUAAAUUUUCAGACUGUUGAAUCGUACAUGUUUGAUA